GAAAAUGCUUGCAGUCACUCGCUGGCGACCUGAACAUUCCCGUUCCCGGUUGGGGAAACUUCGACGUCGAUGGGAACCUGUACUAUGGAAACAUCAACGUUGACACCAAAGUUGGCUAUCAAAUUCGACCGACAAAUAAGCUGAACAUCAAACCAGAAACGCUAGCCCUUCUGGGACAGAGCCCGGAGUUCCGAGAAGCCAGAAGUGAGUGCUAUAUCACAAAUAACUCAUAUGGCCAGAAAUAUGAUUUCUACAGUAAGCCUCGUAAACUAAGCGCAUGCUCAUCGGUCACAGGUCUAGGUGUUCACGUUAUCUGGAACAUUUCGGUUGGUCGAAUCCGAUACGGAUUUCGAGGAGCGAUCGAAAUUGUAACGAGCUAUAUUGUUAAUGCAGUUUGUUCAUAUAAGGAGUUGCCAUACAGUUCCAUAGGUGACGAUACCUUCUUCAUUGGUGGCAUUGACCUGCCGUUGCCAGUUGGACCGCUUGGUUCAGGAGUGCGGUUCCCUUUGUCGGGAGCAGUGGAAGCGGGAACGUCCCCAUACGCCUAUGCUCAUGGUCACGCAUUCAAUCCCGUGUCACCGUUUGAUUUGAACGCGAUCGAUGAUGAUGACGUCACGCAGGUAUCACGCCAUUUCUAA